CACUUAUGAAUCUAGCUAUUAGAAUAGUCUCAUGUCACAAAUAUGUGAAUAAAUGUGUGGUUAUAUAAACUUGGUCCAUUUGAUCAAAGAAAAGUGAGAAAUCAUUCAACAUUAAAUAACUGCUAAUUUUUAACUAAACUUGCCCUAAAUAUAUGAUUUCGACUAAAUGACUCGAUUAAUUGGAGUCGAUUGAAUCAAAUAACUGAAUUGAUUUUAAAUUUAGGGACCCAAAACGUACUACCUCUAAGUAAAGAGACCAUCUAGGCAAGUUACCAUUUCAUAAUUUUUUUUUUCUAUUUUUAUUUUGUAGCUUCCUUUCUAUAUAUAACCUCUUCUUCUCAUUCGCUGAUUCUUGCCACCUUACCAGAGGUAUUCAUCACUCUACCAGCGUCACUCCACCGCUUGUUUUCUUGUUUUAUUAUUUAUCCUCCCAAGAAAAAUUAUAUCCUCCUUUGGAUAAACACACAGUUAUAUAUAUAUAUAUAUAUAUACUUACAACUUUUAAAGUACCUAGUAAGUCUUCAAUUGCCAUUUUUGAAGCCUUAGGUGAUCUGGGAUUUCUUCCUUUCUUAGUGUUCUUUAUUGACAUUGAUUAGAUUCAUAAGGUAAAGGGGAGAUCUUGGACACCAUGGUUAAUGUUUUGCACACCGUUUUUGGAGUUCUUGGAAAUGCUUUUGGUUUGUUUCUGUUCCUGGCCCCAACGUAAGAAUUUUCUAGUACAACACACGCUUCAAAAGUUAUAAUAACUCUCCUUUUUCCGUUGAAACGAAAGCUAACCAUGUUUGUUGAACUGUACAAUAAACGUGACUUUUUUUUUUAGAAAAAAAAAUAUGGAAAAAGAGCUAGUUAAUUAUUUGUGAUUCAUGAUUUUAUUAAUUGGUGUCAUAGGAUUACGUUCAAGAGGAUUGUGAUCAAAAGGUCCACUGAGCAGUUCUCCGGGAUACCUUAUGUGAUGACAUUGCUCAAUUGCUUGCUUUCUGCAUGGUACGGAUUGCCUUUUGUUUCACCAAACAACAUAUUGGUGACGAUCAUCAAUGGAGCAGGGGCAGGAAUUGAAACAAUUUACGUGUUGAUUUUCAUAUUAUUUGCACCCAAGAGGGAGAAAGCCAAGAUUUCGGGGCUCCUUGCUCUCAUCCUUAGUGUAUUUGGAGCAGUUGUUUUGAUCUCAAUGUUGGCUCUCCAUGGAAAUGGAAGGAAGCUUUUCUGUGGUUCUGCCGCCACAAUCUUCUCAAUUAUUAUGUACGCUUCGCCUCUGUCGAUUAUGAGGAUGGUGAUUAAGACAAAAAGCGUGGAGUAUAUGCCAUUCUUCUUGUCCCUCUUUGUAUUUCUUUGUGGCACUUCGUGGUUCAUUUAUGGGCUCAUUGGAAGGGAUCCUUUCCUAGCUAUACCAAAUGGGUUUGGAUGUGGGUUGGGAACAAUGCAGCUGAUAUUGUAUGCCAUUUAUCGCAAAAACAAAGGAGAAAUAACUCACAAAGGCGUCACAGAUGAAUCUUUGGAGAUGGGGACGAAGAAUCAAGAGAAUAACUAGAAGAAUGAAGAUUUUUAGUAAAUUUUUUCUAAUUAUGUUUGGACAAACUUUUUCGGUGCCAAAUUUCACCAAAUUUUUCUGCGAGUUCUCUCGUCAACUAAGUCGAUUGAAAUCAUUUCAAUAUGUAGUCUCCCCAGCACAACUCAUAUGUUCCUAUUCUUAGAUGGAGAGUUUAAUUUAUCAUUUUAUUGUUGACAAUAAUAUUGUCAUCGUUCUUUCUUCUUCUUUAAUUCUUUUUUUUUUUUGUCUCUUUUUUUGUGUUUUCUUUACCAAAUAUAACUUGUACGUGUUGAUAUAAAUUAGUAAUAUUACGAC